AUGGAAGGAGCUAAAGCAACGAAUGGAGUUAUAUUAGAGCCACAUACUUUUCCGGUGCCAGAGGAUUCAGAAACGAUAGCGGCUAUCGAAAAAACCGCGGACUAUGUUAGACGAAAUGGGGUAGAAUUCGAACAAAAACUGGAUAGAGAGCAGUUUCCCUUCUUGGCAGAAAGCAACCAAUAUAACAAGUAUUAUCGCACUCUUCUAGAGGAAGACGAGACCGAGGGCUUACAAGACAGUGCGGAAAAUUCACCAGCUACUUCAAAGUCCCUGCCACCUGCGACCCCUUCCCCGUUCGUUUUCAGCACAGCUGACAGAAACGUACCGAAGCGAGACCUGGAGAUAGUGAAGAAAACUGCACUUUUUUGUGUUUUGAACGAGAAAAAUGACUAUCUCAACACUCUCAGGGCCAAGGGUGCAGAACACCCGCUCUUGGGGUUUCUAGACACUCGACAUCCGCUCAAUGAGGUCUUCACUAAUUUCAUCAACCAAUACAAACAAGUGGCACGCAAAGAAUUUGGAGUACGAGCUCGAUUCUUACAGGAGGGGCAAAUGGGGUUAUUAAACCGAUGCUUUGAAAGGGCGAAGUACGCAGAGUUUUCGGAGAAACUUCAGGUAGAAGAAGCCAAAACGCGAGAGCGGUUCAAAUUGAAGUUCUUCUCAUAUGCUUGGGAAAAUUUCCAAACUUUGGGCAGUGUAGAGUUCAAAAAUGAGGACGAGUAUGCCGAGCCUCUUGAUUUUGACACUUUGCGUCAAAAAACGCUACAGCUAUCCUCACAUAAAACAACUUUUGGCGGCGUUUUGGCUUUAUCGUCUCUCGCCAAAGUGGAGAACGUCCCGCUUGAAAAAGAUGCCAAGCCUAAGAAGAAAAACAAAAUGAAGAUCCGUGCCGCGGGCGAGACGCGACUCAAACAGAAUAGCGGCUCGAACUCACAGACGCUGGUAGAAUGUCCCAUCACGCAUAAAAUGAUACCAGAGGCAAACUUCGACAAGCAUAUUCAAGUACUGUUGAGCGAUCCAAACUACACAAAGGAACGCCAGGAAUACGAAGCGAAAAACAAUAUCACAAAUCUCACUCUGGAAAACGUGCACCAAAACAUCAAACGUCUUUCACAAAACAGGAGCUCGCAGCCAGCCAAGAGGCAGAAAACGUGA